AUGGAAAGAUUAGAUCAUGAAAGCAUGUCGAUAGGCGGUGGUUUACCCAAUACUACUUUAAAUGGAGAAAUGGGUGAACAAAUGGAAGGCGAGUUCGCAACGUCAUCCACCUUGACAGUCAUGAAUGGUGGCGAUAUGGAUCGGCCGCAUGUCGAAGAGGGCGAAAAACAAAAUGACAUAGAAGAAUUAUUAUCCAAAGAUAGUGAUAAAGUUGGCCAAGCAUUAUACUCUAGUUUUCAAUCAACAGCAACAUCAGUAGCUCAACUUUUCACAGAGUGUUGUAAUGGCACCGCUGAAGGAGCUUGGACCAAUUUUCAGUCUACUUCCAACUCUGUCACCAAACUUUAUCACGAACUGGGUCUUACCAAUAGUUUACCACCAAUAUUGGAUGUCUAUGAUAGGCCUAGAACGAUCAGUUUUAGUGGCAAUCAGCGCGAUGAUAUAAAAUGGGAUAUCAUCGUGCGUUGUGUUGUGGUGAGUCCUAAUGUAGAGUUAUGCAGGGUUUAUACGUGGGGCCUUGUUAAGAUAGAUGGCAUGGAUGCUUACAAGUAUGGGAUCGAUUUUGGUACACAAUGUGGCUAUCAGCGUCGUACCAAAGAAUUAGUCAACUGGUUAAAAAAGAAACGACGUUUGGUAUUGCGGGAGGAAAUUAUCGGGUUUCUUACUGGAAUGUUGCCACCAUCACGUCCCGAAUGCCCGUCUGGCAAUGAUGUCGGCUCUAUAGCAAACUUUUCGCGGAGUAGCACAUUAGCAACACCUCCACCAACUUCACAUCGACGCAGAAUGACUCCAUCGAGCCAGGUUGAUGCUGUGAUAGACAACGAUGAGAGUAGUAGCAGUAGUAGCAAGAAGCGAUCAGUUUCGUUUGCCGAUUACUAUAUGGACUGUCCCGCUCCGAGUCAGAAGCGAUACCGUUUAGAAUUUGACUAG